GCCGUUUCCUUAAUGUGUUUCUUCAGGGAAGACGCUUUCUUCCUCAGCAUUUAAAGUUGCACAUAAAGAUGGAGAGAUAUCCUCCGCAUGUACAUAUAUAGGUUCCUUUAGGGAGUGGGAAGAACUUUUUCACAGACUAAUUGAGGUUGCAACGGAGAUGUCUGAGCUCAGAACCAAAGCAUCGGAUGCAAAAACGCCAGACCACAGGAACAUGGAUAAAGGAAGACGUGGUUCAUACCAUGGACCUAGCUAUGAUUCUCCAGUGGAUGCCAUGAGAGGCCCCAGAGAAAAGCUGAUGUACGUACUGUGCGUUUUAACCGGAACCAAGUCUCGGGAACCCGACUAUUUGGCCACGGUGGACGUGGAUCCGGAAUCGCCAUAUUAUUGCCAGGUCAUCCACCAUCUGCGCAUGCCUUACUUGGAUGACGAACUCCAUCACUUGGGUUGGAAUGCCUCCUGCAGCUCUUUUGGGGAUACUAGCAUUGAGCGCAACUGCCUCAUCCUCCCGUGCCUGGGCUCCGGCCGUAUUUAUGUGGUGGACACGGGCUCCGACCUGUGUGCUCCCAGCUUGCGCAAAGUCAUUGAACCCCGAGAAAUCAUUAAGAAAUGCAACCUGAGUUUCUUGUACAGCUCGCAUUACUUUGGCAACAGGGAGGUCAUGAUCAGCGCCAUGGGAGACGCAUUUGGCAACAAAAGAGGUGGACUUCUCCUUCUGGAUCCAAAAACCUGGGAAGUGAAAGGGACCUGGGAGUGUCCAGAAGACAGACCCAUCCAGAUGUGUGACUUCUGGUUCCAGCCGAGGCACAACGUCCUGAUCAGCACCGAAGGGGGGGAGCCCAAGUUCAUUAUCGAUGGGUUCAACCCAGAAAAUCUGAGAAAACGGCGCUAUGGCCAUCACCUCAACGUCUGGGACUUGACCACCCACCGCCUCCUCCAGUCAAUUGACCUGGGUGAAGAUUCGGCCCCAAUGGAGAUCCGCUUCUUGCACAACCCCAACUCGGUCCACGGUUAUGUGGCCUGCCCCUUGGAAGGCUCCAUCCACCAUUUCUUUAAAACAGAGGACGGAUGCUGGGCGGCUGAGAAAGUGAUCCAGAUCCCGAACAAGAAAGUCUCCGGAUGGAUCUACCCCGAAAUGCCAGGGCUGCUCAAGAAUAUUGUCAUUUCUCUGGACGACCGGUUCCUCUACUCAUGCAACUGGAUACAUGGCGAUGUCCGGCAAUACGAUAUCACCAACCCACACUGUCCCAAACUGGUUGGGCAGGUGUUUGUGGGGGGCAGCCUUGAGAAAGGCGGUCCUGUAACUGUCCUCGAGGAUGUGGAGCUGGACUGUCAACCCGAUCCCUUUGUGAUCCAGGGCAAGAAGGUCCAAGGAGGGCCUCACACGCUGCAGCUGAGCUUGGAUGGCCGCCGUCUCUUCGUCACCAACUCUUCUUUCACACCCUGGGACAAACAAUUUUACCCCAAGCUGUUUAGGGAAGGUUCGGUCAUGCUCCAGCUGGACGUGGACACCGUGAAGGGCGGCCUUUGUGUAAACCCGAACUUUCUGGUGGAUUUUGGGCAUGAACCAUUCGGUCCGGCUCGGGCGAAAGAGAUGCGUUACCCCGGCGGGGAUUGCACCUCCGACAUCUGGGAUUAGCGUGCAUGCUUUCCAAGCCGUCUACAAAUCGGCACAAUAGUCACUCAAGAAUUGGGAUCUCUGCAAUACUUUUUUGUCCAAUGCUUUCUAUCGUGACUUGUAAGAAAUAGCAACCUUCUUCAAACCUCCACUAGUUAUUUGUUAGGUAUAUAACUCAGAUUGCUUACUGUAUCAUAUAUGUAUUGAUUUGCAGUUUUUCUUUAACUCUUUGUUGUGGGUGGGACUGCCGACCAUGUGAUCAGGUCUGGGCUUGUACAGGACUCAGACUCCAUUUUAGAAACAGUAUGUUUCAGACUUCAAUGCAGAAACUGUAUGUUUUAGACUCCAGCAAGAACAGUAUGUGUACAGACUUCAGUAGGAACUGUAUGCUUAGAGACUCCAUUGGACAUUCAGACUAGACAGAGACUCUAUUAGACUCUCAGAACAGAGAGAUGCUUUAGAUUAUGGACUAUUGAUUCUAAGAAUUAUGCCCUGUGUUACCUAAACAGAAAAACUACUUCAAAUCCUAUAUGUAACUGGACUGAUAUGCACAGUACCUGUAUGCUGAAUACAAGAAGUUUGUGAGUAAACCUCUUUUAAAGAAGUCUA